GCCAGGAGGGGCAGGAAUUCCUGGUGUGCUUGGUGGAGUUUCCGAGGCAGGAAAUACAACAAAGAAAAUUUCCAGCCAGUAGAGAGCUGGGGGUUGGGGGGACACACCAUGGAGUUCGAAGGGAAGAAAGGGAGAAAGGGCUUUGUGUCUCCUAUCCGCCGGCUGGUAUUCCCUAAGACAGGGCGUCGGUCGGCUGGGAGAAGUCCUGUGAGCCGACGGCCCCUCCACUCUGUGCCCCUGUAUCCCCCGGACUACCUCAUCGACCCCCAGAUUCUGCUGUGUGACUACCUGGAAAAGGAAGUAAAGUUUCUAGGACACUUAACCUGGGUCACAUCUUCCCUGAACCCUUCUAGCCGGGAUGAGCUCCUGCAGCUGUUGGACACUGCACGGCAGCUGAAAGAGCUGCCCCUGAAGAGCACCCCGGAGCAGGACAGCAUUCUCAGCCUGUCCGCGAGGUGCCUGCUCCUCACAUGGCGGGACAACGAGGAGCUGAUCCUGCGCAUACCCACGCACGAGAUCGCGGCUGCUUCCUAUCUGCAGGACGAUGCGCUCCACCUGCUCGUGCUCAAGACUGGCCUGGGUGUGGAUCCAGUGCCUGCUGGCCUGGAUGCGUGCCCUGGUGGCAGGCGGGAGCCUGGGGUGGCUGGCAUGACCCCUGAGAAGAGGUCAACGGGCAGCGGUCCUGAACCUAGACCACCUUCAAGUGGUGUGGAGCGACGCCACACCAUCUGCAGCCUGGACUGGAGGAUGGCAUGGGGGGGCACCGAGGGCCGGGCCACCGGUGGUGGUGGGGGCAGCUUGGAACGAAAGCAAGGUGCUGAUGAGAAGAAAGCCAUGGGCCGGGCAUUUGGGAGCUGGGAACGGCGCCAGACAUUCAGCGGCAGCUGGGAGCGACGGCAGGGGGGCAAACCGGGGGGCAGCUGGGAGCGGAGGCAGGGGAGCAAACCUGGAGGAAGCUGGGAACUGCGGCAAGGGAGCAAGCCUGGGGGCAGCUGGGAACGUCGCCAGACCUUCAGCGGGGGCAGCUGGGAGCGUCGACAACCUGGUCUCAACCCCCUGGACCCUCAGGAUCCCAGCCCUGAUGCCUACUGCAACCUCAUCAUCCUGGCAGUUGCCAACAGGGAUGCAGCAGAAGAAUCCUGCGCUCUCAUCUGCCAGGUCUUCCAGAUCAUCUAUGGAGAUCAGACUAUCGAGUGCGUGGAUCGGGCUGGCUACCACUACACCUCCACCCCUGAACGGCCCUGGCUUAUCAGCCGCAGUGAGAGCUGCCGCACAGAUGGGACCUAUGGCUACGAUGCUGAUUUCAGCUGCUGCAGUUCUUUUAAUGGCUCCCAUGACACCUUUGAAGCCUAUUAUAGUGGGACGUCUACACCCUCCUUCCAGGGAUCUCACUGCAGUGAAAGUGAUGGCAGCAGCCUGGGUCUGGAGCAGCUACAGGACUAUAUGGUGACGUUGCGAAACAAGCUAUCGCCACCUGAGAUCCAGCAGUUUGCUCUGCUGCUGCGAGAAUACAGGCUGGGGCUAUCUGUGCAGGAGUACUGUGGGCAUCUUCUUCGGCUCUAUGGGGACAAGAGGAAAUUCCUUCUCCUGGCCUAUCAGACCUGCUGUCCAGAAAGGAGCAAGGAUCUGUGAAAACUCAGGAUGAACUCUGGAUCAGAAGAGCUAUCUUGUAAAAGGAUGAGACUUGUUUUGCUUCGACCCAGAGGACAAAACUAGAUCCACUGGGCAGAAACUGUAGAGGGGCAGAUUUCAACUCAAUAUAAAAGGAAACCAGUUCCUACCAAUAAGAGCUGUUCAAAAGUGGAAUGGUGCUGAGGUAUAGUUAUAAGGUAGUGAGUUCCUUAAUUGGAGGAGCUCAAGCAGAAGCUAAAUUGCUACUUGUUAUAAAGGAGAUUUCUGCUCAGAUAUGGGGUGGAUUAAGAUGCCCUCUGAGAUCCCUUCCAAUUCUGAGACUACGGGCCUAUGAAUGGAAGAGAGAACCCAGACCAGGAUGCAAACUCCCAGAAGACAGUCCGGUCACCCAAUGUCAUUCUUGUUUCUGGUGAGAGAUGAGGGGAGAAGAAACAAGUGGUAAGGGAGGUAAAAGAGAUCUUCCUGGGGCUCCUGAUCUCACAUAACCAGUGCUUAGCAGGAGGGAGGGAAGAGAAGGAACAAGCAUUUAUUAUGCACCUAGUGAUCCAGGUAACAUUCUAAGUGCUUUACAAAUAUUAUCUUAUGUGAGAUAAUAGCCCAGCGCCUGGCACAUAGUAGGUGUUUACUAAAUGCUGUUUGGCCUGCCUUGACUCUGUCGUCACAUCAAGUGGCCUCAGCCUAGGGGGAGGGAGCUUGUGGGGCAUCAGGAACCAGUGGAAAGAACAGACAGGGUGAGUGGAAACUAUAUUAAC